CUCAAGCCUAGUAAGCAUCGCGUGAUCCCAAUCUUAAUACUUUCGCCAUCGGCAAUCCCUCGAAAUUACAUCUCUGCCAUCCAACCUCCUCCUCCUCGAUUCGAUGGAACCGACGCAAUCGCCGUCGGAAACGGAGGUUCACUCCGGCGAGGACUUCGUUCACAUCGAAGAACACUCCAAGCCUGCCGGCGAUUUCACUCUAAGCGACAGCAUAGUGAAUGUGGAGAAGGAGGACGCGGUUGAGGAAGAAGAAGAAGAAGAAGAAGAAGAACAGAGAGACUCCGAUUCCGUUGCUAGCGUCGGAGAUGCAGCCGGUGGUGACGGCGGUGGCGAGUGUUCAUCGUCGGAGAAAGUGGAGCUGCCGGAGGAACUGGCGAAAAGCGUAGUGAUCCUGACGUGCGAGUCGACUGGGGAAAGCGGAACAUGCGAUGUGUAUUUGAUCGGGACUGCUCAUGUAUCGAAGGAAUCCUGUCGCGAAGUUAAAGAAAUAAUCAGCUUCUUGAAACCAGAGGCUGUCUUCGUGGAGCUGUGUGCAAGCCGAGUGUCUAUUCUCCAACCCCAGACUAUGAAGAUUCCAACCAUGUGGGACAUGAUUGAAAGUUGGAAGCAGAAACAGAACACGUUUGGAAUACUCUAUGGCUGGUUUCUUGCAAAGAUCGCAAGUCAGCUGGAGGUUUUUCCUGGUACUGAGUUUCGUGUGGCAUAUGAAGAGGCCCUUAAAUAUGGAGGCGGUGUGAUACUUGGGGAUCGUCCUGUACAGAUCACGUUAAAAAGAACAUGGGCAAAGAUGCCUCUAUGGCACAAGGUAAAGUUUCUUUACUCCUUGAUGUUUCAAGCUGUCUUCUUGCCGAGCGCUGAAGAACUCGACAGAAUGCUGAAAGAAAUGGACAAUGUGGAUAUGGUGACUCUGGUGAUUCAAGAAAUGAGCAAGGAGUUUCCAUCUCUCAUGGAGACUCUUGUACAUGAGCGAGACCAGUACAUGGCAUCCUCUUUGCUGAGAGUUGCAAGUGAGCACAACUCGGUCGUUGCAGUUGUCGGCAGAGGGCAUAUUAAUGGAAUCAAGAAGAACUGGAAGCAACCUAUAACGAUGAAAGAUCUAAUGGAGAUACCUAGCGACGACUCAGUGUUUACAGUGAAGAGGAUAGUAUCAUCAGUGGCGAUUGCAGUAGCAGGAACAGCUAUAGUUACUGGCAUACUUCUAUCAAGAAGAAGGUGAAAAAGAUUAUGAUGAGGGGCAGAGUUCUUCUCUUCAUUCUCCUGAGCCAUACAAAAGGAAUGAUACAAACUUUUACAGUCAUUACUCUCUUUUUCUUGUCAACCGUUAUUUUUCUUUUAAACAGUCAAAUGUAUCAACAAUGGUUAUAUUUUCGGCAAAUCUCUAAAAUAGCACUUUUUAAGUU